CGUACGUUAUCCAAAGCAAAAUAGAGCCUCCGCAGCCACCCAACUUUGUUCCCCUGUUCACCCGAAACCAACUUGAACAACAAACACCUUGCUUGAACCAACCACAACAGCUCCACAACAAUAAACACCAUGGGAAAAGCCAAGAAGACUCGCAAGUUUGCCGUCGCCAAGAAAGUGAUUAGUCCAAAGGACAAUCGAGUGGCUGCCAACGCCGAAGCUGCCAAGAAGAAGCAAGAAGCCAAGAGGGAAAAGGAGACGGCGCCAAAACAAGUGGAACAAGCGGUGUCAGCUCUGUUUUUCCAGUACAAUACCCAGCUGGGUCCUCCCUAUCAUGUGCUGGUGGAUACCAAUUUUAUCAAUUACUCCAUCCGAAAAAAGCUGGACAUUGUUCGAGCUAUGUGCGACUGUUUGUUGGCCAAGUGCAUUCCCUGUAUAACGGACUGCGUCAUGGGCGAACUGGAAAAGCUAGGUGGCAAGUACAAGAUUGCCUUGCGAUUGACCAAGGAUGCUCGCUUUGAACGUAUCCCCUGCAGUUGCAAGGGUUGCUACGCCGAUGAUUGUCUCACACAAAUGGCCAAGCAAUGGAGGUGCUUCAUUGUUGCUACCUGUGACAAGGAAUUGAGGGGACGCAUUCGAAAAAUACCUGGUGUACCGUGCAUGUACAUUAGUGGUUAUCGGUAUACCGUCGAGAGAAUGCCAGAAGCCUUUGGAGCACCGAGAUAGAAAGAUUGAAACAUUUGCUAUGUGGUUCCAAGUUCCCCUGGAGAACCUGCGCUGACUCCCAAACAACCUUCAUAUCUCAAUCUUUGAGUUGGUAAAACAAUCUGCAACUCUGUACUCAACAGGUCAAUCUGAAAAAAGGUGAAAUAUCAAUACGUGAAGUAUCCUGCAACGGUGUCUUUUUUUCUGGAAUGGAGGCCACGAUAAACUAGUAAAGGUAACAAACAACUCGCAAAGCCAUUAAUUAAUAGCUUCUAGCUUUUUGAUUGCAUU